AUGAUGCUAUUAGGCAACGAGAAAUUAGUUCAGGAGGCCAGGAAGCUUGUGAGUGCCUACGGCUUAGAAGCAGUUGAAGUGUGCCUCCACAACAUCCGCAAUGACAAGGAAUUGGGAAGAGAAAAAGGUCUUUCGGACGAGACGAAUGCCAUUGAAGACCCUGAAGUCGUUCCAGCUUCACCCGCUCCAACUCCGGCCCCUCCCAAGUCAGACGACAUAUCCCUCGCUUCAGUACUUGCUACUGCUACGAGCAUAAACAAGGAUCUUGACAAGGCUCUACAGCUUGUUCAAGACCGCAACAAGAAAGCUUCUGCGACUGUGGGUUUUCAGAUGAACUCCAGUGAUGACCGUAAAGUCAUGGCGGCCAUAAUCGACGCAUCCUUCGAUUCUCUCUUUGCUAUUGACUUGAAUGGCUGCAUUCAAUUCGCAAACCAAACGGCUGCACAGGUCUUUGGCUACGAAAAGGAAGAGUUGAUCGGCAGUAACAUCUCUUGCAUUGUCGGGGGUGGCCAUGCUGCUUCUCAUGAUGGAUACCUCCAAAAGUACAAGGAAACAGGGGUCACCAACUUGAUGGGAUCAAUGCGAGAAGUACAAGCAAGGCGCAAAGAUGGAACAGAGUUUCCAGUGAAGCUGGGCAUCAAGAGAGUGUAUCGACAAAACAACGACUUGCUUGUGGCUUUCAUUCGGGAUAUCACUGAGCAGAAGAAAGCUGAGGCACUGCAAUCCAAAGUACAAGAAGACCAAAAAGUGAGGGCUGCCAUCUUGGAUGCUUCCUUUGAUGCCAUGUUUGCCAUUAAUCUGGAGGGCAAGAUUGAGCUGGUGAACCUGGCUGCUAUCAAGCAGUUUGGAUAUGAUAGCCAAGAAGGCCUUGUUGGCAACAACAUUGACAUGAUUGUUGGUGGGGGGCAUGCCAGAUCUCAUAAUCAGUACCUGAAAAAGUACAAGGACACAGGCGUUGAAAGGCUGAUGGGAACCCUCAGAGAGGUCAAGGGCAAACGCAAGGAUGGAUCUGAGUUCCCUUGCAUCAUUGGAAUCAAGAGAGUUGACAGGAAUGGCAGUAGUGAUAAUCCUCUCAUGGUGGCCUUCAUUCGGGAUAUCACCAAGCAGAAGGAAGCAGAUGCACUCCAGUUGAGAGUCCAGGAAGACCAAAAGGUCAGGGCUGCCAUCUUGGAUGCCUCCUUUGAUGCCAUGUUUGCCAUUGAUCUGGAGGGCAAGAUUGAGCUGGUGAACCUGGCUGCUAUCAAGCAAUUUGGAUAUGAUAGCCAAGAAGACCUUGUUGGCAACAACAUUGACAUGAUUGUUGGCGGGGGACACGCUACAAACCACGAUAAAUAUUUGAAGAACUAUCAUCAAACUGGGGAAAAUCGUUUUGUUGGCUCCAUGAGAGAAGUGAAGGGCCGGCGGAAAGAUGGAUCAGAGUUCCCCUGUGUCAUUGGCAUCAAGAGAGUGAAUCGAAUUGAUCAAGGGAAUCCGCUAAUGGUGGCAUUCAUUCGAGAUAUCACGCAACAGAAGGAAAUGGAGCAUCUACAGUUAGCCUUGCAAGAUGAGAGGGUUCGAUCGGCAAUCUUGGACACAUCCUUUGAUUCGCUGUUUGCAACCAGCCCCGAUGGAAUCAUCCACAUGGUGAACAGAGUGGCUGUGGACGUUCUUGGGUACAAAAAUGAAAACGAACUACUUGGCGAGGAUGUCAAGAACAUUGUCAUUGGUUGGAAAGGUCAACUGAAGCAUUACCAAAAUACUGGCGAGAGACAACGUGCUGGUUCGGAGUUGGUCAUGCUACGCAAAAAUGGUGAUGAAAUUCCAGUGUUGAUGUGCAUCGAGCAGAUCGAAUUUGAGGAUAGAGAGCCACUUCUCGUUGCUUUUGUGCACGACAUCACGGAACAGAAGAAAGCCACAGAGCUCGAGCUUGAGGUCCGAGCAGCAGAAGAACUUCUUUGCAACAUGCUGCCAGAAGAGAUUGCAGAUCGCUUGAAGCUCGAUCCCCAACAUCUCGCAGAUCAUCACGACAAGGCGACCAUUUUGUUUGCCGGUAAGUUGGUACCACUGGUACAAGGUUGGGAGCCACUUGAAACACUGUCACUCGCUCCAGUUACCACGAAGAGCGGUCUCACAUCUUUAAAUUUCGUCAUGGUAUGGACGACAGAUAUCGUGGGGUUCACGGCAAUGUCGAGCAAAAUGGAACCAGGGGAACUGGUCAAGGUACUCAACGAUUUGUUCACUCGCUUUGAUCAUUUGGUCGAGCGCUACGGUCUGAACAAGGUGAAGACGAUAGGCGACUGCUACAUGGUGACCUCCAUCCCUUCGUACCAAGAUCCUGAUAGCGCCGUGGCCGCCAUGUGUCACUUUGCUCUUGAUAUGAUUGAUGCCUUACGCGACUUCAACGGCGAAAAUCCGGUGAACAAUCUGGACUUGCGGGUUGGUAUCAACACUGGUCCGGUUGUUGCCGGCGUGGUGGGAACCUCUCGUUUUCUUUACGACCUAUGGGGCGACGCUGUGAAUCUGGCGUCUCGUAUGGAGAGUACGGGAAUCCCAUCGCGGGUUCAGGUGACCGAAUCUGUCGUCAGCGCUGUGUGCAAAGAUGAGUUCGAGUUCGAGUCACGUGGUGAAGUUGAGGUAAAAGGGAAGGGUCUUGUUUCGACUUACUUCUUGGAAAGCAGGCUAAAGCCGAGCAGCGAGUACGUGAUGGAUGGGUAUGUGGAAGAUCUUGCUGUUGUCGAGACCCGCCGGGGAAGACGCAGCCUCAAUGAUAGUGUCCGACGAAGGAGCACACUUCAAGGGGCGCUGCGAGCUGUGCAAACCCAAAUGGAGGCAUUCAAUGAUUCCAGACUUUGGGCGCACAACUCGAACGGUGCCAGCGUUUGCAAUGCCGCGAGUAUGGGAUCGAGAGAGAGUAGCAUGACGGAUAUUAGUACUGUUGGCCUGACGGCAUAG